CCGGCUGAUAUAAUUUUCGCGUCGGACGCUGAAUAAUUUCAGUUCGAUUCGGGAAUCAGUCACAAAAAUCAGUUCACCGGAAGUCUGAUUAUUAUCGUCGUUCGCUUCAACUGAUCACAAUUUUGGGUAUUUUACACGCUGUUUGAAGUUAUCGUUACCCAACUCUUUGCUAUUGAACUGUGUGAUAUUUUGUGAGGGCUAGUUACUGAUUUUUGUGAAUUAUAAACCUAAUUAUUUAAUUGCUGUGCGUGCGUGUCGUUGAAAUUAAACGGAUAUUCUUAGAAGGCAUAGAUAAAUUUAAAACCAAUCUUUUAGAGACUGUAAUUAAGGUCAUUUUUAGUGUCAUCAAUCGCGAUGGCAUGGAACACGUCGUAAGAACAUGUCUUUUUGGCUACAUUUUUUAAGGCCGUAAAAUGAAUCCUGUUUGAAAUACAAACUGAGUAAGUGCGUUUUCUCUCUUAGUCCCACUGCUCAUAUUAGAGCACAGAAGUCAAAGAAUUGUAAGUUUUUACCAGUGUCUAUAGCGCAAAUCAAUUAAUCGUGUCUUCAAUCAAUGUUUGAAAACUUAGCAUCAAAUAAAAAUUCGUGAUUCAAACCCUAGACGAGGAAAAUUCAAAUCGAGUCGGGCAGAAUUCAAAGCCGAUCAGACUUUCAUCUUCAGUUGUGAAUUGACAAUCGAGCGUGUUUCGAUCUAAAUUAAAAUACAUUUUCUAAAAGCGCGAUGAAUACCACACAGAUCAAACUCGUGAUUUUCAUAACCAUUUUUUUGCGGAACUACGUAGAGUCGAGGGCAUCACAGCCAAGCCGCCAAGACAUCAAUGAAAAGUCUAUGAAAGUUGAAAAACGCGAAACUCCGGGGACAAAGCACCUCCUGUCCAGACUGGAAAAAUCAGGUAUUUUCGUGCAGCCGUUACAGGAGAGGAUCACCAGAAGCGAGCCGAAAUUCAGGGACUUCAUGGACGAGCUAUCAAGCCAUGGGAUUUUGAAGAACAAUCUAGUGGAUUCGGACCUCGCGUCGUUGACGACGGAAAUCGUGAAUAAAGAGAUAGGAGAGGAAGACCAGCGUAAAAAGAUAGUCUGCUACUACGACAGAACCAAGUCUUACUCAGGGAAUGGUUUCGAACUGAAUAUGAUGGACCUAAACGUGAGCAUGAGUCUCUGCACGCACUUGGUAUACGGCUACGCGAUGGUGGAUCGGCAGACGGGGAAGAUAAGUUUGAACCACGCGGGAAUGCUUCAACUCGUCGAAAUCCAACACAUUCAAAUGAUCCACGCCCUCAAGAGCUUCUAUCCGAAAUUCAAAUUGCUUCUCGGCAUAGGAGCGCCUCCGUCCGAGCAUUAUCAACACGAGAGCUACGUUCAAUUCAAUAACGUGCUGAGAUCUGAAGAGACGAGACUUCGCUUCAUCAACUCGGUGGUCCCUGUGCUGCAACGCUACAACUUCGAUGGUAUCGACUUGAUCUGGAAGUUCGAGCGCUAUCUCGAGGCCGAUGAUGAACACCCAAAAGACUGCGGAAUGUGGUCCUCAAACGAGUGUUCGGAUGAUGAGGAUGAGGAGUAUGACGAUUCGGAGUUCUGUUUUCUCUUCUGUGACGAUGAAGAUGAGUACUAUGGGGAUGAGGAAGACAAGGAUGGGGAGGAAAAAAAAGGUAAAUUAUUGGGAGACAAGACACAGCCUGAUUCGAGCAAACAAACGAAUCGUCAUAUUGAGUUGCGGAAUAGUUUUUCGGAUUUGGUUCAAGAAAUGAAAUCAGUACUAUUUAACUACACAAUGGCCGUAUCUAUCCUACCCCAGAUGGAUGAGAUAUUUUACGACAAGCGAGUGAUUAAUUACUACGCGGAUCAAAUUCACCUUCUUGCAUUUGACUUUAUCCUUCCAUGGAACGAUCUUGGAGUGGCGGAGCACACGGCACCUAUCUACAAACUUGAUAGUUUAGUCAAUGAUUGGUUGUGGCAUGACGCUCAAAAGGGCAAAAUCAUAGUCGGCGUGGCAACAUAUGCCCGAACGUGGAGGAUAUCUUCCAAGAGCCUUUUCAACACUUCGCCACCAGUAAUCGCCGAUGGCACGGGACCGAGAGGCGCUUACAGCAAGAAAGACGGAAUAUUUUCUUUCUACGAGGUCUGCGUGCAGUUGGUAGAGGACGGAUUCACGCAGUCGAUUCUCGUUCUGAACAAAGUCAACGAAUCACAAAAAUACUCGGGCACUUACGCUUACAGGUUACCGACUAAUUUAUCCGAGGGGCUGUGGGUAAGUUUCGAUGACCCGGAAUCCGCCGCCACCAAGGCAAAGUACGUCAAGGAGAAGGGUUUAAGUGGCAUGAUUGUUCACGGCCUGGUUUUUGAUGAUUUCAAGGGAAUGUGUCGAAAUAGAUACGACACAAGCUACCCGAUCCUCCAAAGUAUUGCCAAUAAUUUGGUAUGAAAAGACAAAACGAAAAAGCUUUUCUUACAAAUUGGAGCAACUUUAGGAGUCAUCUUUUUAUAUUAGAGCAGUAAAAAUGAAUUUUGUGUCCAUAUUUGGGCAAGAAAAAUUAUUCCAAAGCUAUAAUGUGAAGGCAGGGGAAUGUGACCAGUUACUUGAGCUUGAGAUACCUUUUAUUUUUCUUGAAAAUGUAACUUAGUUCCCCUCUGUUAAACUACGUCUAAUGGCAAUUAGGGGUAAGAGCUAGUUUUUGAAAAUCGGCAUCUAUUCACCUCAAGAAUUGUAAAGUUGCUAAAUUACCUACCACUCCUAUUUUUUCCUUAACUUUUUGCUGUAAAGUAAAACCAGCUAACUUUAUUUGUUGAUUAAAUCGACGAAUCAUACGAAUUUAUGGGGUUUUAGUCCGUCAAUCGGACGUAUUUCUGUCAAACAGAACUAUGUGCAUUAUGACGUGAGCCCUGUUAUGCAUGUAUUCUCAUGGGUUUCAAGGCUUAUAUCGUCACCUUCCAGGCAAAGUAUCACAAGCGCCAU